UCAUGGUUAAGUUUUACAAACAUUUCACUAACUCACGUGAUUGAGCUGUGCCGCAGCUGUCUGUUCAGACGCAUGAACGCCAGCAAAUAAGCUGAAAAAAAGGUGUGUGUCUAACACUUUCCAUCCAAGGGUGUUUUCAGGGUGGAGUCGUGCUUGUAAAUUUGCAUCCCGGAUCUAUAAAAAGUUAUUCUUUAUAGAUCAGUGAUGCAGUUUCGUUAUCUUGGAAACGGUCGAUAGCUUUCGUAUGCCUAUUUAAAGACUUCUGAACACUCUACGUCUGAAAACUCUUGGAUGACAUGGGACUGUUGACAGCUUUAGCAGUUGUUGCGGGAGCAGGCGGUGCUGUGGUUGCGGCACCGCUUGUCAUCGCGGGGGUCGGUUUCACAGCCGGUGGAAUAGCAGCGGGGUCCUGGGCAGCAGCAGCUAUGUCAGUUACAGCAACGGCUAACGGAGGAGCUGUGGCAGCCGGUUCCAUGGUGGCUAUCUUACAGUCCAUAGGUGUUGUUGGCCUUUCUACAGGGGCCACAGCAGCAGUGGGGGCUACCGGUGGGACACUGGCCGGCAUCACUGCAGCCGUUCUGAUUUGAUGGACUAAUCUGCUCUCAAGACAAUGACCAUCAGGAGUUUCUGUUCUGUUUCUAGCUUAUCUGAAUAUUAAAAUGUGCAACACAUUUUAAAUUCCUUACAUUGCUCAAUAAACUUUCUUGCAUCAAAAA